AAAAUCUAUAAAAUAAAAAUAAGAGGAAAGAUGUUUGAAUUGGCAUUUGUUCUCUUCGUCGUCUCAAACAUUAAACCGAUCAUUUGGAGGCUCUGUCGAUCCCAACUCGAACUUGACUCAGGCAAGAAUGGCACUAGGUGGAGGAGCUCCCCAGAGAGGAAGUGCGGCAGCUACUGCCAGCAUGCGCAGGAGAAGGACGACAAGUUCAGGUACAUCUGGAGGGGCAGCUGGAACAAUGCUGCAAUUUUACACGGAUGAUGCUCCUGGCCUCAAGAUAUCCCCCAACGUUGUACUCGUCAUGAGCAUUGGUUUCAUUGCGUUUGUUGCCAUUCUCCAUGUUAUGGGAAAGCUGUACUUCGUGCGAAGAGAAGCCUAGUGGGUUUUGCCCUUGAUUAAGUAUUGAAUAUUUAAAUGCAAUGAGACAAAAGUUUAAUUUUGAUCUGAAUUCUCCUUUCAUUACUGUAAAACAAAUUUCCAUUUUUGUUACUAGUUUUUUAGCAUGAAAGAUUCUGUUCUGGUUGUGA